UAUGCGUAUCAUGGCCGUCUACUCCGCGCUCCCGCAGGCUUCCGCUUGGCCCCAGAAAGUUUCGGUUCUGCCCAGCGGUGGACCUACUAGCGCGCGCCACCGUGGAGUCUGACUGCCGCUGACUGGACCCAGGCGGGCGGCCCGCAGCCUCGCCAUGGCUGCCACCGGCGCGGAGAGCCAGCUCCAGAGGAUCAUCCGGGAUUUGCAAGAUGCUGUGACAGAACUAAGCAAAGAAUUUAAGGAAGCCGGGGAGCCCAUCACAGAUGACAGCACCAGCUUGCAUAAAUUUUCUUACAAACUUGAGUAUCUCCUUCAAUUCGAUCAGAAAGAGAAGGCCACCCUCUUGGGCAACAAGAAGGACUACUGGGAUUACUUCUGUGCCUGCCUUGCCAAGGUGAAAGGAGCCAACGAUGGGAUCCGAUUCGUUAAGUCUAUUUCGGAGCUCCGAACGUCUCUGGGGAAAGGAAGAGCAUUUAUUCGCUACUCCUUGGUGCACCAGAGGCUGGCAGACACCCUGCAGCAGUGCUUCAUGAACACCAAAGUGACCAGCGACUGGUACUAUGCAAGAAGCCCCUUUCUGAAGCCGAGGCUGAGCUCUGACAUUGUGGGCCACCUCUACGAGCUGACCGACAUCCAGUUUGACCUGGCAGCGAGGGGCUAUGACCUAGACGCUGCCUGGCCGACGUUUGCCAGGAGGACACUGGCCCCCGGCUCUUCUGCUUACAUUUGGAAGCCCCCAAGCCGCAGCUCCAGCAUGAGCAGCUUGGUGAGCAGCUACCUGCAGACUCAGGAAAUGGCCCCCAGCUUUGACCUGAACAGCCCAUUGAACAGCGAGGCACUGGAGGGCUUCGAUGAGAUGCGGGUGGAGCUGGACCAGCUGGAGGUGCGGGAGAAGCAGCUGCAGGAGCGCCUGCAGCAGCUGGACAGAGAGAACCAGGAGCUGAGGGCAGCUGUCACCUCGCAGGGAGAGCAGCUCCAGCUGGAGAGGGAAAGGGGUCGCUCUGCAGCCGAGGACAAGGUUCGCCUCACUUGCGUGAUGGCUGAGCUGCAGAAGCAAUGGGAAGUCACCCAGGCCACACAGAGCACCGUGAAGGAGCUGCAGCAGUGCCUGCAGGCCCUGGAGCUGGGUGCCGUGGAAAAGGAGGGAGAGGACCACUCAGCCCUGCAACGGCUGGAGUCCAUGCUGCAGCACCUGGCGCAGGAGCUGGAGGCCACACGAGACUCACUGGACAGCAAGAACCAGCUCUUAGCUAAUGUCCCCAAUCCAUCGGGCACAGUUGAGCAGAAGGCCGAUGUGGCACUGGACACAAAGGGGCAGCAAGAGCUCAUCCCCAAUGCCUCAGCCCUGCAGAUCCAGGAGCUGGGGGAGAAGCUUCAAGCCCUAGAACGGGAGAACACCCAGGUCCAGGAGCUCAAUAGGCAGCAGAGCACUAAGCUGGAGCAGCUGGCCAAGGAGCUGCAACUGAAGGAGGAGGCGAGGGCUGGCCUGGAGCGCCUCGUGCAGGAGACGGCCUCACUCCAGGAGGAGCUGUCCGGGAAGAGGCAGGAGGCAACCCAGCUCCAGCGACAGCUGAGCACCAUGGAGGGAGAGCUGGCAGAGGUGAGGCAAGAGGAGCAGCGGCAGCGCCAGGAGAAGGAGCUGCUGCAGCGGGAGGCCAGGUCCCUGAUGCGGCAGCUGCAGCUCCUGGAGACCCAGCUGGCCCAGGUGAGCCAGCGUGUGAGUGACCUGGAGGAGCAGAAGAAGCAGCUCAUCCAGGACAAAGACCACCUCAACGAGAAGGUGGGGAUGCUGGAGCGGCUUGCUGGGGAGCUAGGCCCAGGCCUGCCCGUGGCAGGUGAGAAGAGAGAGGCCCUGGUCCCGCAGGACUCCCCCCUGCAACAGGCCUUGGAGACACCGGAGGAGCAGACAGGCCCGCAGGAGGGACCGAUGGAUGAUUCCAAGAAGCAAGGGGGUGAGCGGGAGGAGGAGCUGCAGCAGGCCAACAGGGAGCUGGAGAAGGAGCUGCAGAGUAUGGUUGCCCGCAACCAGCGCCUGGAGGACAAGCUGCGGGCUCUGCAGGCUGAUUACCAGGCACUGCAGCGGAGGGAGGCAGCCAUCCAGAGCUCCCUGGCCUCCCUGGAGUCUAAGCAAGCCAGCAUCCGGCAGAUGGGUGACCAGAUGGAGGCUAGCCUCCUGGCUGUGGUGAAGGCCAAGCAGACCAUGAGGACCCAAAUGGCAGAGAAGCAGGCUGCCCUGCAGAGCAAGGAAGCCGAGUGCCAGCAGCUGCGGGAGCAGAUGGAGCAGUGCCGGCAGCUGACAGAGGCUCGGGAUGGAGAGCUCAAGGCUUUGGAGAGCCAGUGCCAGCAGCAGACCCAGCUGAUUAAGACCCUCACAGCAGAAAAGGGCCAGCAGGGUCCCAGCCCACCUCCAGAAAAUACAUCCCAGGAGCUAGCGGCCCAGCUGGCCCUAUCUCAGGCGCAGCUGGAGGUCCAUCAUGGGGAGGCUCAGCGAGCACAGUCCGAGGUGGUGGACCUCCGGGCCAAGCUGCAGACAGCCCUGGGUGACCAAGAGAAGGUGCAGAGCCAGCUGAGCAUGACUGAGGCAGCUCUGCAGGAGCACAAGGCCCUUGUGCAGCAGCUGAAGGAGCAGAAUGAAGCCCUCAACAGGGCCCAUGUCCAGGAGCUGCUGGAGUGCUCGGAGCAGGAAGGGGCCCUGCAGGAGGAGAGGGCCCAUGAGGCCUGUCUGAGGAUGGAGGAACUCCAGGCCCUGCAGGAGGAGCUGUCCCAGGCCAAAUGCAGCUCCCAGGAAUCCCAGCUGGAGCAUGCUGAGCUGCAGGAGCAGCUGCACCGGGCCAACACGGACACAGCCGAGCUCGGCAUCCAGGUCUGCGCACUGACCGCAGAGAAAGAGCGAAUGGACGGGGUGUUGGCUUGCACCGUUCAGGAGCUCCAGGAUGCCAAAGAGGCAGCUGCAAGGGAGCGAGAGGGCCUGGAACACCAGGUGGAGGCGCUGCAGCGAGAGAAGGAGAGCUUGCAGGAGAAGCUGAAGGUGGCCGAGGAGGCAGCUAGCUCACUGCCUGGCCUGCAGGCCCAGCUGGCCCAGGCUGAGCAGCGGGCCCAGAGCCUUCAGGAGACUGCACACCAGGAGCUUGACACCCUCAAGUUCCAGCUGAGCACUGAGAUCAUGGACUACCAGAGUAAACUGAAGGUUGCCACUGCAGAGUGCGGGAGCCUCCGGGGCCAGCUCGAGGACCAAGGCUGGCAGCUGCAGGCGGCCAAGGAGACCGUGCGGAAGCUGGAGGCUGCCCAGGCAGAUAUGGGAGAUAAGCUGAGCCAUACCAGCAGCCACCUCUCGGAGUGCCAGGCCGCCAUGCUGAGGAAGGACGAGGAGGGGGCCGCCCUGCGCAAGCACUUGGCCAGGACCCAGGAGGAGCUUGAAAAAGCCAUGACACAAAUCCAAGAGUAUUGCAGCAAACUCUGCCAGGAGGUGACAGACCGGGAGAAGAAUGACCAGAAGAUGCUGGCUGACCUCGAUGACCUGAAUAGAACCAAGAAGUACCUGGAGGAACGGCUGAUAGAGCUGCUGAGGGACAAGGACGCUCUCUGGCAGAAGUCAGAUGCCCUGGAAUUCCAGCAGAAGCUAAGUGCGGAGGAGAGGUGGCUCGGGGACUCGGAGGCCAACCACUGCUUCGACUGCAAGCGCGAGUUCAGCUGGAUGGUGCGGCGGCACCACUGCAGGAUAUGUGGCCGCAUCUUCUGUUACUACUGCUGUAACAACUACGUCGUGACCAAGCAGGGGGGCAAGAAGGAGCGCUGCUGCCGAGCCUGCUUCCAGAAGCUCAGUGAGGGCCCCGGCUCGCCGGACAGCAGCAGCUCGGGCACCAGCCGGGGGCAGCCCAGCCCCACCCUGUCCCCAGCCCAUGCUGGGCUGCAGGCCACCGGAGGCCCAGGCGCAAACGCAGACCUCAGGUCGCCAGACGACACCAUGUUCGACAUCAUCACAGACGAGGAGCUGUGCCAGAUACAGGAGUCCGGCUCCUCCUCGCCUGAAACACCCACUGAAGCGGACUCUCUCGACCCAAACGUGGCCGAACAGGACACCACAUCAAACUCACUGACGCCUGAGGACACCGAAGACACGACCUUGGGGCAGGAUGCUGAAAUCUGCUUGCUGAAGUCCGGAGAACUGAUGAUAAAAUUACCCUUCACAGUGGACGAAAUCGCCAGCUUCGGGGAGGGCAGCAGGGAGCUGUUUGUGAGGUCCAGUACCUACAGCCUCAUCCCCAUCACCGUGGCCGAGGCAGGCCUCACCAUCAGCUGGGUCUUCUCCUCCGACCCCAAGAGCAUCUCCUUCAGCGUGGUCUUCCGAGAGGCCGAGGACACACCACUGGAUCAGUGUAAGGUCCUCAUUCCCACGACGCGGUGCAACUCCCACAAGGAGAACAUCCAGGGCCAGCUCAAGGUCCGCACGCCAGGCAUCUACAUGCUCAUCUUCGACAACACCUUUUCCAGGUUUGUCUCCAAAAAAGUGUUUUACCACUUGACUGUCGACCGGCCUGUGAUCUACGAUGGAAGUGAUUUCCUGUAGCCUUGAGCACCUGGAUUUUAAUAGUUUCACUUCACCCACAGGAAACACUACUGUUCUCACCUGUCACAUAAAACACUAAAACAAAACCAACAACAGAACAACCCAGCCAGCCAAGGCUGGUCCAUGCUGCAGCCCGAGCGCACCCCAGAGCCCCAAGCACACCCUGGA